UUUUCUUUCCUCGUAACAUCUACAGCCCUAGCGCAUGAGGAGGAACCUUUUUUAGCAGACGCGCGGGAGAAAUGGUGAACGUUUGGUGGAGCCAGUCUUGACGAGAAGCCGACGUGGGAAGCCGAGGCGCGUGCUGAAAUUUAUUUCCAGCCAGUCGUAGCCUCCUCGUGCCAGGACGUCACCCGUGUCUCGACGCGUUACGGAGAUAUACUAACGGCGAGUUCAAGUCAGCCCGACGCUCUAAGAAUGGCGAAACCCACCCUAUCGGUCCAUAGUAACUCCUGGGUGUCGACGCUCCGGCGUGUCGCGAAAGGAGCCUUCGCGUUAACCGCUUUCGCGAUCAUUUCGUUCGCGCUACUGUUGGUCUGGGUGUACAAUUUCUCGUCAGGCUCGAGUCCCGAUGUCGCAGCGUUUCGCGAUUCGUUCGACUCGUGCGUCGGAGUGGGUCUUGCGUACAAGGGAAUGCACACCACGUCAUUUUUCCGCGGUAUUGCGUGCUCCGAUCUGGUGAAUGCAGCCGCCAUACGCGGUAAAGCAGGCUUCGACAAGGGAAACGAAACUCGUUACUUGCGCAUGGCCCAUGGAAGCGACAGCAGCAGCAGCAGCGAAGCGGAUGAUUCGGGAAUGGGGGAUCUAGGAACGGAGAAUCUAAUCGCGGCGAAUCUAGGAUCGGAGAAUCCCGGGAGAGACGGUUGCCGGGUCGCGUAUGACUCCAGCGUGGAUCCUCGGGAUAUAAAACCCACUUCCGCUUUCACCCACUCCGGCUGCCAGAUCGAAUGGAUCACUUUCUCCACCCGGUGCGGAAAAGGCGUUCAACGCUUAGCUAAGUUCUGCGACCUGGUGGGAGUUCCGUUCGCGGUGCUCGGUUUGAAUGAGACCUGGAAAGGAUUAGGCGGUCGCGUGAGAUACUAUCGGGAGUAUAUGACGACUCUACCGCGCGACCGGAUCGUGAUAGUAACGGAUGCCGACGACGUCUUGCUGCUGCCGAAUCGCGAGCUUUGCGGUCCCGACCAGUUGAUUAAAGCGUUCCUGUCCCUUAACGCUCCUGUCGUUUUCGGAGCCGAGAUCUUCGCGUAUCCAACAAACGAAGUCAUCCCGUUUUACCCACAGAAGGUCAGGUAUCCUUUUCCGAAUCGGCACCUUAACGCGGGGUCUUAUAUCGGGUACGCGUGGGCUUUAUUGGAGAUGAUAGACGCGACGUACACGGGUGACUGUAUGGAGGAUCAGCGACAGUUCGUUACAGGUUACUUGGCCCAGCCGUUUCUCUUCAACGCCCUCCCACGGACGCCUUACCCUGAAGCUGAUUACCCUUCAAUACAGUCACUUCUUUCCCAGCAAGCCAGCUCGCGUGCAAAUGAAGCAGCAGCGAUUUCUGCAGCCGGGAAUUCCAAGGAUUCCCCGGCCCGUUACAAGACUCCAGCACCUGCUCCGGGCACCCUGAAAUAUUUCUGCACUCUGCCCGACGGUUUGCAAGACCUAAUUCCAGAGGGAAUUACCCCGGAAAAGCUAGAAGAUGCCCGACAAGCAGCACCGCCGCCAUUUAUCAAGCUAGACCACUACAACGCAGUGAUAGAGCUCCUGGGAGGGCGGAGACUAGAGCAGUUUGAAGUGCAGGGGUCUGGAACUGAGGUCAAGGUGUAUUCCAGGGUGACUAAGGCAUACCCUUGCGUUUUCCACCAGUCGGGUGAUAAGCUGAAGAGGGGAAUUGUGAAUGAGAUAGUGGAGAAUGGGACUUUGGAUGAGAUUGCAUUCGAAGGUAUGGUUUAACGGAGAGCUGCAUACGUGGUGGUGACUGUAUGCAGCAUAAGUAUUGCGGCAAGAAGCUGGAGAGGAGGUGGUGAAUAGGAUUGCGGAGAUAGCCUUUUUUGUGGUUGGAGAUACCGUAUGUACUCCAUCGCACCUCUAAGCUCGGAUUUGUGAGGGAUGUCCAUCGCACCUCUAUAUCAGAAAAUUGA